AUGAAUCAGCUUGACUGUGUCAUCAAGAGAUGAAUCGAAGCAUGUACCUUUGUGUGUUCUGGAACUGUACAUCUCUCUCUUAGAGGUCCUCUGGCAAGAUGUUUACGUAAACACCUUACCCAGCACUUGACGCGACGCCAACUGGCAACUUCAAAAGCUGCCAUUGUGACUGGGGCAAGGCAUUAUGACAGGGACAAUGUCUGAAAAGAAGAGACGGAAAACGAUAGUUUUCCUUCACCCUAAUCUAGGCAUUGGGGGUGCUGAAAGACUGGUUGUUGACGCUGCAGUCGGGCUCCAAAACCGUGGCCACAGAGUCGUCAUCUUCACAAGUCACUGCGAUCCCAGACACUGCUUUGAUGAGGCCCGAGAUGGAACCCUCGAUGUCCGAGUCCGAGGCGACAAAAUCGUCCCGCCGUCCAUCCUCUCCCGCUUCUCCAUCCUGUGCGCCAUUCUGCGCCAGGUGCACCUGAUCCUGCAAACCUACCUGAGCUCCGAGCUGCGGGAGCUCCAGCCCGAUGCCUUCUUCGUCGACCAACUGAGCGCCGGGCUCCCGCUCCUGCAGUAUCUCCAGCCCGGGGCUCCGAUCCUGUUCUACUGCCAUUUCCCGGACCUGUUGCUCGCGCAGGGCCGCAAGAAGUGGUGGAAGCGCCUGUACCGGAUCCCGUUUGACGCGUGGGAGCAGUGGAGCAUGAGCUUCGCCGACGCCGUGGCCGUCAACUCCAACUUUACAAAGGGCGUCGUCGCGAGGACCUGGCCCGCCCUGGCGCGGAAGAAGGAUUUCAAGGUUGUGUACCCUUGCAUCGAUACCAGGCAGAGGAAAGACGGGGAGGAGAGCCAAGAUGGCGGCGGCCCGAUGUGGAAGGGCAAGCGAGUCAUCCUCAGCAUCAACCGGUUUGAGCGGAAGAAGGACGUUGCCUUGGCUAUCAAGGCCUACGCGGAACUGCCGAGGGGUUCGAGGACGGGGGUGAGGCUGGUCAUCGCAGGAGGUUAUGACAACCGCGUUUCGGAGAACGUGGGCUACCAUAAGGAAUUGGUUGAAUUGGCCGACUCCUUGGGCCUCCGCAACGCCACGACCAAGACCGUUGUGACGGCCCUCAACGUUCCGGACGACGUCGAGGUACUUUUCUUACUGUCCGUCCCCCACGCGUUGAAGGAGAUUCUCCUCAGGAGCGCAAGCUUGCUUGUCUAUACUCCGUCCAACGAGCACUUUGGCAUCGUGCCCCUUGAGGCUAUGCUUGCCGGGGUUCCGGUCCUGGCUGUAAAUACAGGUGGCCCAACAGAGACGGUAGUGGAAGGAGUCACGGGCUGGCUCAGAGACCCGACACAGACGCAGCAGUGGACAGACGUCAUGGACAGGGUCCUGAACAGGUUGACCAAGGAUGAGUUGGCAGCCAUGACCCGGGCGGGGGUCACCCGCGUGAAGAGUAACUUCGGUGACGUCCAGAUGGCCCAGAGACUCGAUUCUCUACUCGAGGAAAUUGAGGCGUCGAGGUCGUCGGCUGGAAGGGCUCUAUCCCUGGGCGUGCUCGGUCUAUUUGCCUUCCUCGGGCUGUGUGCUUCGACAGCAUUGUGGAAGAGCACAAGGUAACCUGGUAGCACGCAUGGAGAGACGAAGGAAUAAAACUACAAGAAUUUCCACAGG